GGAAUUUCCAAUUCAGGGAGUGCAAUUAUCUCAGACCUUGAUGUUUCAGAUGGAGCAGCCGUAGUCUCAUUCUGUCGUGAAUGGGGUGUAGGACUAAUUGUAGGCCCAGAAGCUCCCCUUGUUUCGGGUCUUGUAAACGAUUUGGUUAAGGCAGGAAUCCCAACUUUUGGCCCAUCCUCUGAGGCUGCUGCUUUGGAAGGUUCAAAGAAUUUCAUGAAGUAUUUGUGUGACAAGUAUAAAAUUCCAACUGCCAAGUACAAGACAUUUACGGACCCCUCUGCUGCAAAGCAAUAUAUUCAAGAGCAAGGAGCACCCGUUGUUGUCAAAGCAGAUGGACUGGCUGCUGGAAAAGGAGUUACAGUUGCCAUGACACUGGAAGAAGCGUAUGAAGCUGUUGAUUUAAUGAUGGUGAAGGGUACUUUUGGUUCUGCCGGUUCUCGUGUCAUUAUUGAGGAAUUUCUAGAAGGAGAAGAGGUUUCAUUUUUUGCAUUGGUUGAUGGUGAAAAUGCAAUCCCAUUGGAAUCUGCUCAAGACCAUAAACGAGUCGGUGAUGGCGACACUGGACCUAAUACUGGUGGCAUGGGCGCAUACUCUCCAGCCCCUAUACUAACUAAAGAACUUGAGUCUAUAGUAAUGGAUUCUAUUAUUAUGCCCACUGUGAAAGGAAUGGCAGCAGAAGGUUGCAAGUUUGUUGGGGUUUUGUAUGCCGGGCUUAUGAUAGAAAAGAAGUCUGGCUUGCCUAAGCUAAUAGAAUAUAAUGUGCGCUUUGGCGACCCAGAGUGCCAGGUUCUGAUGGCGAGGUUGGAGUCUGAUUUAGCACGAGUUCUGCUUGCAGCUAGCAGAGGAGAGCUGAAGGGGGUAUCAUUGAACUGGUCUGCAGAAUCUGCCAUGGUUGUGGUAAUGGCAAGCAAGGGGUAUCCAGGACCCUAUGAGAAAGGAACCCUGAUUCAAAACCUCGAAGAAGCUGAUGUCGUUGAUCCUCAGGUUAAAAUCUUUCAUGCUGGAACUGCCUAUGAUCUAGAGGGCAGAUUUAUCGCUAACGGUGGUCGUGUGCUCGGUGUCACUGCCAAAGGAAUUGAUCUCCAACAGGCCCGUGAUCGAGCUUACCGAGCUCUUGAGCAGAUUCAUUGGCCUCAAGGCUUCUACCGCCAAGAUAUUGGUUGGAAAGCCCUUCCGCAGAAUCAAGCUGCUGCAAACAAAUAAAACACCAUUGACAAAGUCAUUGAGAAACUCUCUGGAGAUCAAGCUAAUCAUAAACAUUCAUGUUAGAGAUAGAUCUAAUUGCUUGCUUACCCACAAUGCCAGCAAUAUAUAUUCCUCCACUGCGGAGAUGCGUAGAUGUGAUUUGUAUGGAUGAAUAUCAGGUGGUUCGUUAAGAUAAUAAAAGCUGUCACUCAUUCUACAA